GUUACCACCGAUUCAACCGUCUCGAGCUCCUGCUCCGGUCAGUUACUACAAAAUGGCUGCAGAGGCUCCGCCGCCGACGAGAACCGACUGAACGCUUCAUGUUGUGAGAAGAAGGAAAAAAUACGAGAAGAGAACCAUUUGAUGGAAGAUAAGAAAAAGAAAAAGCAAGAAGAGAAGAAAAAGAAAGAAGCUGCUCAGAAAAAGGCCACAGAACAGAUAACCAAAGUGCCAGACUCUGCCAAACUCGACCCCGCCCCUCCUCAUCCCCCCGUCAACCCCAGUGUCAUCCUGUCUGUACCCCCAAGCAGUGGCAAUGGCAAGCGCGCCCCCUGUGGAGGCCAGCCGCAGACAGCACAGCAGCCCCAGACCCUGCUUCAGCAGCGCUACCCACCCAGAGAGGUUCCCCCGCGCUUCCGCCAGCAGGAACACAAGCAGCUGUUGAAGCGGGGCCAGCCUCUGCCCUCUGGGACCCUGCCUCUCAUCACCACGGGACGUCCUGCCACUACUGAGCCUGCAGCAGCAGUAGCCAUACACUCCUCUCCCUCCUGCUCCUCUUCCUCCACAGCAAGCCUGCCUACAGAACUGCCCCCACAGAGUGGCCAGGGAGCCCAGUAUGAUAAUCCCCUUUGGGGACACCUGCCAGCCAACAGGAGUGCCACAAGUGCUGCAACUUCCACCAAUAUCAGUGUCUGGGAUCAACUGAUCAUUGACCAGAAGGACACAGAGGCUUGGCCUUCUAUUACUCUUAGCCAGAGCCAGGCCCCUCCAGGAGGAUGCCCUUUGGACACUGACCCGGGUCACCUGACCAGCAGCAGCAGCAGCAGCAGCAGCAGCAGCAGCAGCAGCAGUAGUAGUUGUAGUAGUAGUAGUAGUACAGCGAGUAUGGCCACAGGGGCCAAUAGCCAGACAGGCCACUUUCCUGCCAACCAUCUGGGAAGCAAGGUCAACAGUGGGCCCAGCCCUGCCAAUCAUACUGGAACCAGUAUGCACUCUAGCCAGGUUGCAGUCAAUCGCAGCUGGGGCUCUGGGCCUGGGCCCUCCCACUGCCCCCCUCAGUCCUCAGUGGGGAGUGAAGGGAAGAGUGACAGCCCAGUGGGAGGAGGCAGCAGAGGGUGGGGCUCUUCUUCAUCAUCCUCCACCACCAACUUUAACUUGAACUUGAACCCUAAUGCCAACCCAUCUGCCUGGCCCAUGUUGGGGCAUGAUGGGGGUGGCACAGGGGGAGGCAGCUCAGGGGGAGCCAACACCAUUUCACCUCCUCAACCUACACCCAACCUCUGUAACCCCUCUGGCCCCCCACCAGCCCAGACCAGCACCUGUACCGGAGCCAACACUAACAGCAACUCCUCGGGGAUUGGCAGCGCCUGGGGUAGCAUAAUGGCCUCUGACACCUCAGAGCCACACCCCUCCCCGUCCACGAAUGUGUCUUUCAGUUCAGAACCUCAGAACCUUAAAACUGAUGGACCAAAUCACACUAAUAAGCAGGAACCCCCCAGCCCCAUCCACAACUUGCCUGGCUGGGGUGGUGCAUCUGUAGGCUUGGGCUCCAUGGGCCAGCACCCACCAGGGGCCCCACAAGUCAAUGGAGAAGAUGGUAGCUCAGUAUGGGGUAACAGUGGCGAAUCAAAGGCACCUUCAUCUAAGGAGGCACCUGGCUGGGACUCUGGCUGGGGCCAUGGAGGAGGUGGAGCAGGAAACUCUGGAGGCUGGGGUGACAAGUCCAGUGGAGACUGGGGGAAGAAGCACACUGAAGAGGCCCAGGGAGGCUGGGAUGGCCCCAUCUCUCCUCCCCAGGAUUCACAGGCUAGUCCUUGGGGCAGAGCAGUGAGCACAGCUGGUGCCAGUGAAGGGAGCAGUGACAGCAUGGAAGGACAUUCCCAGUUCAGAGACCGCUCGUCCAGAGAUAAUCCAGCUCCGCCUCUGCCUGCCCAGGAUCUGGACCCAAGGGUGCUGUGUAACACUGGCUGGGGACAGACCCCUGUUCGCCAGCACACCUCCUGGGACAUGGACGAUACUAAACGCAAGAAUGAUGUAGGUGCUGAAUCAUGGGGCUCUGGCCCAACCACUCCAAGCGAUGCCCAGGGGCCCACCAACACUAACAUGGGCCCCUCUCAGAGGACCGAUUCUGGGAGCAAAAAUGAUGUGCCUGCUUCUCAGGGAGCUUCACGUUGGGGAGGGAGCAUAGCUGCUACCAACCAGCCCAGCUCUGGUUGGGGUGAGCCACCCAACAACAUUAAGCCCCCAGGUGGCCCUGGUGGCUGGGGGAAUCCACCAAAAGGAGGCCCCACCACCAGUAUACCCAAGAAUAGUGGUCAGUCCUGGGGAGAAGAGAAGUCAAAAGGGUGGGAUGAUUCUCACAUCAAGGCAACAUCCCAGGGUUGGGGAGAGCAACCCAAAGCAUCCCACAGCUGGGGCAAUAGUGGAGGGAGCAAUAAAGCAGGGGACUGGGGAGAACCAGAAGAGAGCAAAAAAAGUCCUACCAACCCUGGCUGGGAGGGAGAAUCGGGAGGCUGGAAGGAAAACCCACGAAGCUGGGGAAUGCCUGCUUCAGGACCUGGAAUAUCUGGAGCUGGAGGAAAUGGGGGCUGGGGAGAGCCAGUUUGCCAGCAUCCCAGUGGCCCUUCCCAAAGUUGGGGGGGCAAGCCUCAGGACGGGCCCAGUGGUAGCAGUGGAGGAGGCAUAGGCUCUUGGAGUGGCUCAGGCUCAGUGAAGCAGGGUGGAGGCUGGAGUGGCAGUAAGCAGGAGACCUCAGCUGAGCCUACAGGCUGGGAAGAGCCCUCCCCACCUUCAAUCCGACGUAAAAUGGAGAUAGAUGAUGGGACUUCUGCUUGGGGCGACCCUGGUACCUAUAGCAAGGCAGUCAACCUGUGGGACAGGAACAAUCCCGGAAUGUCCCAGGCUAAAUCUACCACUGGAGGCAAUAACCCCCCAGGCCCCAGCAAUAACCAUCCCCACUCUCACAAUCACCCCUACCACGGGCCACCUGCACCUUUACAAAAUCAUACCCAAAACUCCCAAAACCCAGGCCCCACCAGUGGGCCUAUGGAACCUGUUGUGCAACACCAGUCCGGGCCAUCCCACAACAGGGGUCCCCUUAUAGCUCAAGGUUGGGGAGAGCUACCCGGCUCCCACACAAAAUCAGAGAGCUCAUGGGGGGAGCCUGCACCCUCUGCGGUCAGCGUGGACAACGGUACGUCUGCCUGGGGAAAACCUACUGGGAGCUGUGGGGGCUGGGGAGACAGCAACCCAGACAGCUAUAGUAGGGGCAACCCAACUAUGCCAUCUGCAUCUUGCAAACCUGCCCCCAAACCUAUGCAAGACGGAUGGGGAGGUGGAGGUGAAGAGCUAAGCCUGUCGGGGGGACAGUGGGAUGCUGAGGAGGGAGACAUGUGGAACAACACUGCCUCCCAGGAGAGCAACUCCUCCUGUAACUCUUGGGGCAAUGCAUCCAAAAAGGGCCCACAGAAGGGGAAGGUACCUGGGAAGCAGGAAGAUACCUGGAUCAUGAAUCGUCUUAUCAAACAGCUGACAGACAUGGGCUUCCCUAGGGAUCCAGCAGAGGAGGCUCUGAAGAGCAACAACAUGAACCUGGACCAGGCCAUGAGUGCCCUGCUGGAGAAGAAGACAGAGCUGGACAAGCGGGGGAUGGGGAUAGCUGGCCACGACUACAACAACGGGCUCAUCAACAAGCCCAUGAGCUGCCCACGGCCUCCGCUUCUUUCCAAAGACCCCUCAGCGGACCCCCGCUUGCCCUUCAUGGAUAAGCAGAUGCAGAGUGGAAUGUUUGGUGGUGGUGGAGCAGCACAAGCCCGGGCCAUGCAGCAGCCGCAGCCGCCUCCUCAGCCGCCAGUGCCACCUCUCAGCUCCUCUCAGCCUAGUCUCCGUGCUCAAGUGCCUCAGUUUCUCUCCCCUCAGGUUCAAGCACAGCUCUUACAGUUUGCAGCAAAAAAUAUUGGUCUGAAUCCUGCACUUUUAACCUCACCAAUAAACCCUCAACAAAUGACCCUUCUGAAUCAACUUUACCAGCUGCAACUGGCAUACCAGCGUUUACAAAUUCAGCAGCAGAUGUUACAGGCGCAGCGCAACGUUUCUGGCCCCAUUCGACAACAAGAGCAGCAAGUUGCACGUACAAUCAAUAACAUGCAGCAGCAGAUCCAACAGCACCAGCGUCAGCUGGCCCAGGCCCUGCUAAUGAAGCAACAGCAGCCACCCCCCUCCCAUUCUGGCCUGCAUCCUGGCGGGGUCAAAUCCACCCUGGAUUCAUUUCCAGGUCACCCCCAGGCUCCAGGCCUCCCUGACCUGCAGACCAAAGAGCCGCAGUCAUCUAACACCUACAGCCCCUACUCUCUCUCUGGACUGAAUCCAAACAUGAAUGUAAACUGCAUGGAUGUGGGGAGUCUGUCUAUGAAGGACCCUCCCCAGCCCCAAUCGCGCCUGUCGCAGUGGACGCACCCCAACUCCAUCGAAAGCCUCUCUGGAACCUCCUCUCCUCUAGAACCCAACCUGAGCAAGCAUGGUGCCAACCUGGGCCCCCCUGGUAAGCCUCCUCAGCUGGAGGACUCUUACAGCCCCUACAACCUGAUGUCCAGCUCUGAGUCUCCUACCAGCCCCCUGGUCCCCCCAGACAGCUGGGGGCAGGGAAAGAGCAGCAGUGACAAGAUGGCCAAUGGGACCAAUAUCAACUGGCCACCAGAGUUCUGCCCUGGUGUACCAUGGAAGGGCCUCCAGAAUAUCGACCCCGAGACUGACCCCAACGUGACCCCCGGCAGUGUCCCGAGUGGGCCCACCAUCAACACCAACAUCCAAGAUGUCAACCGCUACCUGCUGCGAGAUAGGAGUGGAGGUAAACUGUCAGAGAUGAAAUCUACUUGGUCUCCAGGCCCCAUUUCUCACAGCCAGGCUUCGCUGUCCCACGAGCUGUGGAAGGUCCCACAGGGCCCCCGGAGCAGCACCACGGCCCCUUCCCGCCCCCCGCCUGGCCUCACAAACACCAAGCCCUCCUCAACCUGGGGGGGCAACUCUCUGGGUCUGGCCCAAGGCUGGAGCAGCUCUUACACCACAGCAGGUACCACAUGGAGUACAGACAGCUCCACCAGGACCAGCAGUUGGCUGGUUCUGAGGAAUCUUACUCCACAGAUUGAUGGUUCAACGCUGCGUACGUUGUGCAUGCAGCACGGCCCCCUUAUCACAUUUCACCUCAACCUGACACAGGGCAACGCUGUGGUGCGCUACAGCUCCAAGGAUGAAGCUGCCAAGGCUCAGAAGUCCCUGCACAUGUGCGUGCUCGGGAACACCACCAUUCUGGCAGAGUUUGCCGGGGAGGAGGAAGUGAAUCGCUUCUUUGCACAGGGCCAGUCACUUGGCGGAACAACCAGCUGGCAGGCCACUCCAGGCACCAAUCAGACAAGGAUGGGUGGGACCGGGUCUGGAGCCUCUCACCCCAUUGGUCACUCACCCCACUGGAACAACAACAACGGCAGCAGCAGCAGCAGCAGUAGCGGUGGGCUGGGAGCAGGCGGAGCAAAGACAGGCGGAGAGCUCCUUUGGGGUGGUGUGCAGCAGUACUCCAGCCUGUGGGGACCCCCAAGUGGAGAGGAGGGACGUGUUAUGGGGAGUCCCACCCCAAUCAAUACGCUGCUGCCUGGGGACCUGCUGAGUGGGGAGUCCAUGUAGGACAGAAGAGCCCAGACUAAACAAAUACCAACAGGAGCAAAAACCUUUUGUUGCAAAUCAAUGUGGAGAUAAUCAGUGUGGGUGUUAACGGUGAAGGGAGAGACGAGAGGAAGACGAGGCUACAUCCUCGCUGCUCACCCUCGUCAACCUCCUCUACUCCUCUUUUGUUUUUAAUGACAUUUCAGUUGCAGUUCUUUUGUGAAUCUCAGUGAGAGAUUUUGGUCACAGUGUUCAGCUUUUACUUUUGGAGACACAGGAAGAAGUCUUUCAUUCAGAAAAAAAAAAAGAAAGAGAACUUUACAGAAAUGAACUUUUGAGAACUCGCCGUGUGAAACAUGUACUUUAGUCAAACUGACACAAUGACGAGCUGCCAUCUUUUAACUUGCGUAAUCCCUCUCUGCCUUUUGAGGCAAUCAUACUGCACCUCAGAGAUCCAUGAAAAAAGGCAUCAUUCCCAAAGUAAAAACCCUUCAAUCAGAGUGGUUGUAGAACUUUCAGCUGGUCCAGACUCAACAUUUGUUUCUCUCAGCACUAAUAUUAGCCUUAACCUCUUUCCUGCCCUGCUAUCCUCACUCACUCUGUACUUGGUGAAGAAGCAUACGGACACUUGCACACCCUUAUUUCUGAGCCAGUGAAACCUGAGUGGAGAGUACAUGCUGCUGCGGCUUAACAUAAGCAACCACAGCUCACAACUUCAGUGCAUUUUUUGCAAGCAGAUUGAGUUCCCCACACAAUGCUCAAAGGGAAUGAUGCAACUCUGUUCGCCUCGUUCAAGCCAUUUAUUUUUGUAGUGUUUUUUUUUUUUUUUAAUUUUCUUCUUGAACCAUUGCAAACAAAGUUAAGAAAUGAUAUUAUUCAAAUGUGUCUGUCAAUCUUACGUGGUGGGGUGGAGUUUGGGGUCGUCGCAUGUACAGUUAUAGGUGUGAUGGACGACAAAAUGAACCACUGCUAUUACUAUGGAACUGUAAAGACAAACACUUCAAUGCACCUCAACUCAUCUGCGGGCAAAACUCGCAGUUCGGUCUCAGUCUCGGACCUUCUCACUGAUGUUGUGGAAAAACCUCAAGUCGUAAAUGUUUCUCGCCGGUGUGCAGUCAAUGAA